UAUAAAUACUCAAUACAAGAAGUAAUUAUAGUAUCACAAAGAUACAAAUUAAAGGCCUGUAAAAGCAAAAUGGAGGAGAUUUCAUGUGUAUCUGCUCCAAAGAAAAGGUUGGAGGGAAAGGUAGCUAUUAUCACGGGCGGUGCAAGUGGUAUCGGAGCGACAACGGUCCGAAUCUUCAUCGAGAACGGCGCAAAAGUCGUCGUCGCAGAUAUUCAGGAUCAACAGGGCGAAGAAAUAGCAGCCAAGCUAGGCAAAAACGCCCACUACGUUCACUGCGACGUGUCAAAAGAAGACGACGUGAAAGACCUGAUCGACGCUACGAUUUCGAAAUUCGGUCAUCUCGACGUAAUGUACAACAACGCCGGCGUCUACGACGUGACGAUAAAAAGCGUACUCGACACGGAACUCGCCGAUUUAGAGCGUAAAAUCUCAGUAAACCUAAUCGGAUCUUUUUUGGGCGCGAAAUACGCUGCAAAAGCUAUGAUAAAUAAUAAAAAAGGGUGCAUUUUAUUCACAACAAGUUGUUGUACUAAGGUGGCUGGAAUUGCAUCACAUACAUAUGUUGCAUCAAAAUAUGCAAUAGUUGGUAUGUGCAAAAAUUUGGCUGUUGAAUUAGGGUUACAUGGAAUUAGGGUAAAUUGCAUUUCACCAUUUGCAAUAUUACCAAGUAAUAAUAUAAUUAAUAAUGAAAUUAAAUCAAGAUUUGAAUUAAUUAUAAGUAAUAUUGGGAAUUUAAAAGGGAUUAAUCAUAACAAAGAAGAUGUUGCUAAUGCUGCUGUUUUUCUUGCUAGUGAUGAAGGGAAGUACUUAAGUGGUCAUAAUCUUGUAAUUGAUGGAGGGUUUAGUGUUGUUAACCCUAGUUUUCUCAAAAUUACUGGACAAUAUACCUAAAUUUUGGCGAAAUUAAAUUUGUUGUAACACGCCUCAACUUUGCGGGGUUUCUUACUAUGACCCUCCGUAGAUUAUUUUUUACCGUAUUUCUGUUGCAUAUAUUUGCUUAGCUGGACCACGACAGAGCACACACACUUACUCAGUGUGCAUGUAUUCACACAGUGGUCCAGUUGAUAAAUAUAUGUCACAAAAAUACGGUAAAAAAUAAUCUAGGGGAUCAUAGGACCCCUUGCAAAGCUGAGGCGUGUCACAACAAAUUUCGUCAAAUUUUAGGUAUAUUUCGGACCUUUCUACGCUAAAUUUGUUGUAACACGCCUCAACUUUGCGGGGGUUUCUAUGACCCUCCAUAGCUUAUUUUUUACCGUAUUUCUAUUGCAUAUAUUUGCUUAGCUGGACCACGACAAAGUAUGCACACGUGCUCAGUGUUCGUGUAUUCACUCAGUGGUCCAGCUAAUAAAUAUAUAUCACAGAGUUAUGGUAAAAAAUAAUCUAGGGGGAUCAUAGGACCCCUUGCAAAGCUGAGGCGUGUUGCAGUAAAUUUCGUCAAAUUUUAAAUAUAUUUCGAACCUUUCUGCCUAGAAAUAAUUAAGAAUAAGAAAGCUUGAGUCGAUGGUCGAGCUAGGAAUUUUAAUAAGGGGAUUUAGAAAAUUCAAGUAUUAGUAGUAUGAUAUAUAUAUUUGGACUACUCUUGUUUUGUUUUUUUGGUGUUAAAAUACUUUAUAUCAAUAAGUAUAAUUUAGAAAUAUGAUAAUAAUUAAGAUUACUUUUUUUAGUUUCUUGUUGGAUGUUAAGAGUACUUUGAUAUAUAAUGGUUUCAUUGUUUGUAUGAAUAUUUUAUUUGGAUGAUUGUGACGAGAAUAAAGAAUUAUUAAGACAACUAGACAUGAAUACUUUAUUUUGAAUCUUAAUUUUGUAUUAAUAAGAAAAAACAUGAGCUCAACUUUUUUUUUGUUUUGUUUUUUCAUUCGGUGUUCGGUAUUCGUAUUGGAGCCCCGAUUAAUUCGGAUCGCGCGUUGCAGGGCCUAUUAAGGUGGCAGCGCUCCAACAGAGUUUUAUCCAUACCCAGGGUCGAACCUUCGACCUCUGGUUAAGGAUGGAGCAACCCGAUCCACUGCACCACAACCCAUGUUGGUACAUGAGUUUAACUUAUGGGCUCAAAAUCGAAAAUUAAAUUUGAAAUUUUCCUAUGUCCACCCCUAUUUGCAAUUGACUUUUCGAGUGAAAGGAGAAAAAUACAUCUAAAUUAUUUUAAUUUUUCAUGAUUUAUAUCCGAAUUAUUAGAUGUGUGAGUUUCCUAUUUUAACUAUCACCAACUAUUUAUCAAAACAUAUCUUUAACUUUUCCUCUGAAAAUUCAAAUAUGAAACUUAAUCAGUAGUGAAAUAUGUUUUGAUAAAUAGUUGAAAAUAAUUUUAGGUAGAAAAUUCACACAGAAAUAAUUCAGAUACGAAAUUCAAAAAAUCAAAAUACUUUAUAUCGAAAAAUCGAAAUACUUUAUGACAUACCUAUGCACGAUGCACGUAGUCUAAUAUUAAAAGAAUUUAAUUAGACACUUAUUUGCUAAUUAAACAGUCAACUUCCAAUUGUAAGUUAACAAUUUAAUAGUUGGUCCCUCCGUUUUAAAAUAAUUAUCAUAUUUGGCUUCUCGAAAGUUAAUGUGACUAAUUUUUAAAGUCAAAUUAAAUUAAAUUAAUUUAAUAUUUGAAAAUAUAAUUUGGAUAUUCAAGACUAUACAGAAAGUAUAAUAUUAAAGUGCUGAUUAAAGUUUACAUCAUCAACUCUCAAAAAAAAAUCGUGACAAAUAUUUUGGAAUGAAUAGAAUAUUUUGGAACGAAUCUGAUCAAUUUGUGAACACUUUGAUUAAUAUCAAACUUGAAUUUGAUAAUGUAAUACUCAAACCAAAACGCCUAUCUUAAAUAUAGUAUGUUCGCUCAUGUCCUUGAAAUCUUGACUUCGUCAAUGCCACUAGGUAAAUCUACUAUCUGUCACGAGUAGACAAAUCUAGUGUACUCUAUCGCGAUCAAAACUUAGGCAGAUUGAAAGAGCUCACCUAGUAUUUCUAUUUAAUGAAAUCGUGUAUGUUCAAUUGUAUCAGGUUAGAGGGCAAAGUCGGGAUCAUAACAGGAGGUGCUAGCGGAAUUGGUGAAGCAACGACGAGACUUUUCAUCGAACAUGGUAGUAUGAUACGUCUACUCGUGAGAAAUUGAAAAUAAGACGAUGUGUUCUUAAAUAUUUUGAUUGUCACUGAAAUUUUUCUAUACAAUUAAUUCAUCUAUUAUGUAAUGCUGAAAGAAUCAUUUUAUGUAACACCAAUUUAACGUGGUACGAUUACUGAGUUUUUCUCUUUUCCGAUA